AUGACUUCCACAAUAACAAAAACCAAAACUGGCAAACAAAUUGCAUGCAAAGUUCAUAUGCUUGACGAUCAAGAUUUGCCAUUUCAUAUUGAUCCAAAAGCUACUGGACAAGAUUUACUUAAUUCAGUUUGCAAUUAUAUCGAUUUACUCGAAAAAGAUUAUUUUGGAUUAGAAUAUCUUGAUAGUCAUCGAAAUGUUUGCUGGCUUGAAUCAGAUAAACCCAUACUUAAACAAGUUACAGAAACAAAAUUUUCAUUUUGUGUUAAAUUUUAUACACCUGAUCCAGGACAAUUGGAAGAAGAAUUUACUAGAUAUCUUUUUGCAUUACAAAUCAAACGUGAUCUUGCUGUUGGUGCACUAUUAUGCAGUGAUAAUACUGCUUCUUUACUUGCUUCUUAUAUAGUACAAGCGGAAAUUGGUGAUUAUCUUGAAACAUAUAAUAAUAAUCCAAGUUAUUUUAAUAGUCAUAAAUAUUUUCCUCAUCAAUCAGUUGAACAUGAAAUUCGAAUAAUGAAUUUUCAUAAAAAUCAUCUUGGUCAAUCUCCAGCUGAUGCUGAUCUUAAUCUACUUGAUAUAGCACGUAAAGUUGAAUUAUUUGGUAUAAAAAUGCAUCUAGCUAAAGAUCAUGAACAAGUUAAUCUUAAUUUAUCCGUUGCACAUAUGGGUAUACUUGUUUUUCAAAAUAUAACAAAAAUUAAUACUUUUUCGUGGGCAAAAAUUCGUAAAUUAAGUUUUAAACGUAAAAAAUUUUUAAUUAAAUUACAACCAGAAGGAUAUGGUUAUUAUAAAGAUACAGUUGAAUUUUAUUUUGAUACACGUGAUGAAUGUAAAAAUUUUUGGAAAAAAUGUAUUGAAUAUCAUGCGUUUUUUCGUUGUGUUACUAUACAACGUUCACAACGUUCAAAAAAUAAAUUAUUAGCUGGUGGUUCAUCAUUUCGUUAUCAUGGUCGAACACAAAAAGAAAUAAUUGAAUAUGCACGUGAAAAUUAUGUUAAAAAUCGAUCAUUUACUCGAUCUUAUUCAAAUACACGUACAGUUGCACCAGUAAUUAAUCGAGCACAUCGUUCACCAGGAUCAACAAUAAGAACAUCGGAUACAAUUGAAUCUGUUCGUCAUCAUAAAAAUCAAACAGGUGUUAUAGGAGAUACAACAAAUGUUUAUCAACAAGUUUAUUAUGAUGAUUCAUCAACACAUGGUAGUCGAACAUUAGAUUCAAAAUUUAGUCGUGAUAAAUAUGAUUUAUCUGACGAACAAAAUACUGAUGAAGAUGAAGAUGAACAUAUACAAAAACCAAUCAAUGGUCUAUCAUCAUCAUCACCUACACAUAUUUGUCGAAGCAGUGAACCAGUUCAUAUUGAUGACAAUCAUAGUCCAUUAAUUCAGCAUCCUAUUGAUCAAGUAGAUAAAGAAGAUUCAGUAACUUCUUUGUCAACAUCAACAAGUCUACAACAACAUCGACAUCAAAUUAGUGGAUUUGUUAAUAAUCAUCGGCUAGUACCAGCCGUAACUAGUAGUAUACCACCACAAAAAUCAUCAUUAAGUGAUCAACAAUUAGUUUCACCAACGCAACGACCAAGUCUUGGUAAACCAACGACAAUGAUAAAUAAUAAUACUGAUAUUCAAAGUCCAACUAAAACAUCUUCAAUGGAAGAAAAUAUGUUUCCGUCUCUACCAUCUCCCCAUAUUUCAAUACAACCAAUGAGUAAAACUGAAGAAUCAGUUAUUGAUAAUACGAAGACUCGAAUUAUACCAAUUUUUCAUGAACAUCGAUCACCAUCAAUACCAAUAAAUACAAUUGAAUCAAGACCUACAAUUAUGAAUCAACAAUCACGUAUGUAUAAUUUAAAUAAUAAAAUAAACAUUUUACUUAAUACAUCUAGAAUAAUUACAUCAACAUCUUAUUCAAUGAGUCCUCCACUUGCAGGCAUUCCACGAAUAAUUGGUCAUGUUCCUCCAUCAUCAUCAUCAAUAAUACUUCCAACUACCGUUUCAUCAACAAUGACAAUAUCACCUAUUCAUGAUCGAUCAUUUUAUAUUUGUAAAGAAUUAUUAACGACUGAACGAACAUAUAGAAAAGAUCUUGAAGUUAUUGCUGAAAAUUUUCGUCGUGAAUUAAUGGUUGCUAUUAAUCCACAACAAGAUUUAUUUAUGGAUGAAGAAUAUAAUUUUGAAAAUGAAACACUAAUUCAUUUAUCUGAUAUUUUAUUUAUACAUUUAUUACCUAUUUAUAAAUUUCAUAUACAUUUUCUUCGACAACUUGAACACAGAAUUGCUAUUUGGGAAACUCGUUCUAUACCAGGUAAUGAAUUUAUGAAUGUUGAAAAAACAAUUCCACAAAUUGGAGAUUUAAUUAUGAAUUUAAUUGAAAUAUUACCGAGAUAUGAACUUUAUAUAGAAAAUUAUGAUUGUUUAUUAACAGAACUUGAAUAUGUUCUUAAACAUAAUCCACGUUUUGAUAUAAUUUAUAAAGAAUUUGAAUCUGAAAAAUUUUGUUAUCUAUCCUUAAUGUCAUUUUUAAUAAAACCUUUACAAAGACUUUUACAUUAUGAAUAUUUACUUGAAAAAUUACUUACCUAUUAUAAAAAUAAUAAUCAUGAAAAUGAAUAUCAAGAUUGUUAUGGAGUUUUUAUUAAAAUUCAAGAUCUAAUUGAAAAUUUUACUGAAUCAUUAACAAUAAUAGUAUGUUGA